GACGUGUCAGACGAGUCCGGGUGGGACGUGGCCGAGGAGCCCCGCCAGGAUGGCGGCGAGGGCUCGAGCUGGUCGAAGAUCGAGGAGGCGUACUGGACCGAAGAUAUCACGGACGUGGACUUCAAGAUGGUGGACGGGUGGGCAAAACGGACAUGCGAUGACAACUGGGCGGACGAGGUCGUCUCGUCAACAGCUGGGGUCGCAGUUUUCGUCUGGUCUGACGGGGACAGGUGGCUCGCCGAGGGGGUCUCGUACGACGAGGUGAAGAACCCAGCCGGUGCGGCUGAUGCGGCUGCCGUCCAGCACGUAGCGACUCCGGCGAGGGCGGGGAAGGGCAGCGGCAAGGGCAAGGGCAAGGGCAGGGGCAAGUCUGGCAAGGGCAAGUCCAGCAGGGGCUCCAAGGGCAAGGCCGACAACGGCCCCCCGAGCACUGGCAAGGCAGACAACGGCAAGGGCGAGGACAAGUCCGACAACGGCAAGGGCAAGGCCGACAAAGGCAAGGGCAAGAAGAACGCUGCCGACAAGGGCCCCCCGAGCGCUGGCAAGGCAGACAACGGCAAGGGCGAGGACAAGUCCGACAACGGCAAGGGCAAGGCCGACAAAGGCAAGGGCAAGAAGAACGCUGCCGACGACUGUGGCGAGACGGCGUCCGAGAGCGUGGACCUGACUGCAGGCGUGGACAAGUCCGACUACGUGUCUGAGGCCCGCUGGUGCAGACUGAGCGGCAAGAGGGCGUCUGCUGGUUCGAGCAUGGACCACCUGCAGGUCGCAGGCAAGAAGCUCAAGGUGUCCGACGAUGGCGACAAGGAUGCGGGCGUCGCCGUGGAGGACGAGAACAGCAUCGAGACGUGCAGGCAGGUCUGUGAGAGGAGCGGCUCGUGGAAG